AUGAAUUUCGGAACAGCCUGGACCAGCAUCAUGGGCGAAUGCAGCAAAGAGACGGCCUUCGGGAUGCUCGAUUACUUCUAUGACAUGGGCGGCAACUUCAUCGAUACUGCCAACAACUACCAAAACGAGCAAUCCGAAACCUGGAUUGGCGAAUGGAUGGCCCAAUAUCCAUACCGACGAGAUGAGAUGGUCAUUGCCACCAAGUACACGACCGCGUACAAGAUCGUGUCCGAGCCGACAUUGCAACAGUCCAACUUCGGCUCCAACAACACCAAAUCUCUCGCUCUCAGUGUUGAGGCAUCUCUCAAGAAGCUCCAAACCACGUACAUCGAUAUCUUGUACGUGCACUACUGGGACUUCACCACCGGUGUCGAAGAGGUCAUGCAAAGUCUCAACCAUCUCGUAGCCCAAGGCAAGGUGCUGUACUUGGGCAUAAGCGACACGCCGGCUUGGAUCGUCGUCAAAGCCAAUGCGUACGCGCGACACCAUGGUCUUCGCUCCUUCAGCGUGUACCAAGGCCGCUGGUCCGCUGCUGAAAGAGAUUUUGAACGCGAUAUUAUUCCAAUGUGCCGCGACGAAGGUAUGGGUCUGGCGCCGUGGGGAAGCUUAGGUGGAGGAUACUUCAAGCCGUCUCAAACGAACAAGGAGGGUGGUCGCAACCUGCCAACCACACUCACUGGCAAAGAAGAGCAGGUCAGCGCCGUGCUCGAAAAGAUUGCCAAUGCACGCAGUCCACCCGUGCCUUUGACGUCGAUCGCAUUGGCGUACGUGAUGCAUAAGACUCCGUACGUGACCCCGAUUGUCGGAGGACGAAAGCUUGAGCAUCUGAAGGCCAACAUUGAGGCGCUCGCGAUCCGACUUACAGCAGCCGAGCUUGACGAGAUAGAGACUGCAUAUCCCUUUGACGUGGGGUUCCCAAUGAACUUCCUGGCCCUAAGUCCCAAGGGUAUCAAGGGACCCGAGGAUGUCAUAAUCACCAAGAGAAUGGGCCACUUCGAUUUUGUGAAAAGCCUACAACCAGUGUUGCCGCCUGAGGGAGUCGAGCAACUAGGAGAGGAGGCCAAGGCAAAGGUGUUGGGAUAUAGGUUUCCCUGA